AUGGUUAUUCGAGAUUUAACAUUACGUAGUGCUGCAUCGUUUGGUUCAUUUAAUUUAAUUUGUCUUCUUUACGAUGAAUAUUUAUUUUAUUUAAUUGAACAUAGAAUUGCAUCACAUACACAAAAAACUCCAAUUGCUGUUAUGGCUGAAUUAACUCUUCGAAAUAAAUUAUCAAUUUAUGAUGGAGUCAAUUCAUCAAAUGGAUUAGCAUCAAGUACUUCCAUUGAACGUCGAACUAUUCAACCAAAAAUCUCAUUAGUUGUUAAAAAACAUACACUUUCACCAGCUCAAAUAUUAACAUUAUCUGACUCAACAGUUCAAUUACCAAUAAUAAAUAAAUUAGUAUCAGCAGCUAAAUUGGCAAGUCAACCAACAACAACAACAACAACAGCAACAGCAACGAACUCAAUUCAACAAAAUGAGAAAGACAAUAAUAAUCGUGAUUCAGUUAAACGACUUACAACAACAAAUGAACUUGUCGCUGUUUAA